AUGAGUGACUACUACUCCAGCCCGCCCGCUGGGUUCACUCUUCGGAGAAACGGCACCUGUGCCGCAAAUGAGAAGGAAUGCGCCAACCCGUGGGGUCCCUGGCAUGAUUGUUGUCCUGGGGACACUUAUUGCCCAUCGGAAAGGAGUGAUAAUGAUCGAAACGUCUGUUGUCGGACCAAGUCAGGGUGCAAAGCCUUAAUUGAACAAGAUCCGCACUGCGCCAACAAUGCGACCUGGGAUCUGUAUAACAACGAUGGCGAUUACUUUUGCUGUCUGCAGGGGAAGCGGGGCUUCGUCCAAACCUUUUCUGAAGGUGGAGCAGGCAUCGCGUGCGCAGACCCGGACAGUGGGGAACUGGAUAAUCCCUCGCAAAGCUUACUCAAUCUCGUUGCCAGAGGCACUGCAUCCGCAUCAGCAUCGCCUUCAGCAUCACUCUCCACGUCUGCCACGCCAACCGAAACAAACAUAGAGACCCCGUCCCCCACAGAAUCCAAGUCUGAUCCAUCAUCUAACCAUGUCGGUGCCAUUGCCGGCGGCGUCGUUGGCGGCUGUGCUGGCGUUGCACUUAUAGUUGCACUGGUAUGGUUCUUGCUGCGUCGACGACGACGACGACGACGACGACAGAACCAGGUCACUCCUGUAAUAAGUCCCAAUGCUAGCACACCGGCUGCAGAGCUGAAAGGUAGAUCUAUAGCGGAGCUUGAUCAUAAACCUAUCUUCUCAGAGCUACCCGGCGGUUCCAAUACCAUGGCCCACGAGCUGCCGGUCGAUACACGUUCAUAG